AUGAGUCUUUCAGAAAGAGCAGCAGACAAAAAGACAAAAAAAUUUCGUCCACAUAAACACUUUUUUUUAAUUGGUGAGACGAAGAGAGAGAGAGAAGAGAAGAGAAAGAGUCUCUUCAUCUCUCUCUUCUCCUCUCUUCUCAUCAUCCACACUUUUACCAUGCGCGUGUUAUGCUGUCGAAUACAAAGCACUUUCACUUUUCCCACCGCUUUAAUUCUUCUUUGUUGUUGUCUUCUUCUCUCGCUCUUCUCGCUGCGUGCGAUUUCUCAUCAUCAUCAUCAUCAGUCGGUCGUGAUGAAUACACACGCUGAGAAAGGAAGACAAACACAACGCGAAGGAGAAGAAGAAGGGAGAAGAAACCAAGCGGAAGAAAAAGCGUCGUCGUUUACGUUUAUCACGUCUAAUAAUAAUGAUGUUCCUUUAUUUGUACAAUACGAAGUGUAUCCCAAGUGUGCAGAAGAACAAAUCGAAAGAAACGUCAAACUGUUUCAAAAAGAACCGACAACGUGUCCGGAUGAAAAAUGGUACGACGAGUGGACGCAGGAGAUUAUCAUCGGUAAAAACGAAAAGGAAGACGAUACUAAUUCAUUUGUCGCGAUCGAAGUCGGGUGCAACAAAGGAACGGAUGCGAUUCUUCAGUUGCGAAGGUUUACGAAAGACGCGAGAGCGAGCGUCGCAACGUUUCAAAAGUUGACCAAUUUUCCGGAAUUUUCGUGUUCUUGGGAACAAAAGAAAUGGGACGAAGCGGUGCGAGGAUCGUUCGUAAAAGAUGAUGAUCCUGGACAAAAGAAAGGCAUUAAAUACAGACACUAUUGCAUAGAAGCGAGUUACGAAACAUUUGAGCGAGUUCACGCCGCGGCGGAGAAAAUGAAAUUGGCCGACGUCGGACUGACGGUGCACUACAACGCGGUGUCGUCGAGUUCGUGGCCAAGUACAGUCAAGUUCCCGAAGAUAACCGCCGGUCAGGAGAAUAUUGGAAUUGGCAUGACGGCGAAUCCAAAUUUGAAAACGCAAACGUAUUCCGAAUUUCACCAGACUCCGGUGAUAACCGUGGACGAAUUCGUUAGGAAAGAAAAUAUGCUUGAAGGUCUGGAUGUUGUGAAAAUCGACACGGAAGGUAACGACGCAGCCGUAUUAAUCGGAGCGUCUAAGACUUUGAUGUCUUUGAAGCCUUCCUACGUCCAGUUUGAAAAUCACGGAGUUGGGAAGUGGAAGACAUUCGAUUUAAAGGAUUCAAUAGAUAUGUUAGACGCGAUGGAGUACGAGUGCUUUUGGAGCACAAACAGCGGUAAACUCAUUCAAGUGACAAACUGUUGGCACGAGUCGUACAGUAAAUUUAAAAUUUGGUCGAAUAUCGCGUGUUACCACAGAUCCGAUCGAACUUUGAAACGGAUCAUGGAUAAAUACGUAGUAGUAGCCAAUUAG